AGUAAAUUAAAUCUCUCUAAAUAAAAUGACGUUUAUCAAAAAUGUAAUGUACAGAACUGGAAAUAUUUUACCGAAUGUGGUACCGCAAAAGACGCUGAAAUCUAUCCAUACAGAAUGGAGGCGUCAUGCAACUGUCUACGAUACAUCAUUCAUAAGAGGUAUAUUUAGCAAGGUGGCAAAUAAAUAUGAUCUCAUGAAUGAUCUAAUGAGUCUAGGAAUACACCGCAUAUGGAAGGAUAUUUUCGUCAAAGAAACGAUAACCUUAUUCAGUGACAUCAACAAAAAUAUCGCAAACGCAACCUUAGAAGGAAAUACAUAUGAUGGAGAUACAAAUGUUAAAAUAAUGGAUCUUGCUGGAGGUACCGGAGAUAUCGCUUUCAGAAUCUUGGAUAAGAUGAAAAACAUUAAAAUGAAAGACGCAAGUGGAUUUAUAAUACACAAUCCCAGAUAUAGGAUUAAACCGGAAAUAACAGUAGUAGAUCCAUCUGUUGAAAUGACAGAUAUAGGUAGAAAUAAAGCUAUCAAUCUAGGAUACAGCAAUUAUGUUUCUUGGAUAAACGCAUCAGCUGAAUGUUUGCCAAUGGAGGAUAAUACAUAUGACAUUAUCACAUGUGCAUUCGGUGUACGUAACUUUAGUGAUAGGGAACAGGGUUUAAAAGAAUGUUAUAGAGUCCUGAAACCUGGUGGAAGGCUUAUGGUAUUGGAAUUUAGCCAUUGCGAAAAUGAUCUCCCAGCAGCAAUAUAUGACCGGUAUUCAGAAAUUGUUAUACCCACUCUGGGACAUUACGUGGCUAAUGAUAGAGCCGCUUAUCAAUACCUAGUAGACUCGAUUAGGAGCUUCCCGACACAGGAGGAAUUUGCAGAUCUCCUUAUUAAAUUGAACUACACAAUGGUCGCUUACCGCAACCUCACAACAGGAAUAGUUGCAAUACACUCGGCAUUUAAGCCACAGUAAAGCCCUAAAUCGUUGUAUUGAGUAAUGUUCCUAACCUAACAAUUAAUGUCUAUUCUACACAUCGUAAAAAUAA